GCCGUGCAUGUUCUGAUGGUGUUAAAGAAGUCCUUGAGACUGAUCGUGAAGCUUAUCCAUUUUAGUAUUUUCAGCUACUUGAUUAUGGAAUUCCGUUGAGAAUCGUCGGGUAUCAGUCCUUCAAUCUUAGAAGAUAUAUGGUAUUUCAUUGUUAGAUACCGCUUUGGUCGUUUUGUUGUUAUUUUGUAUACACCACGAAAUAAGAUUCAUAUAUUUCAAGUACCAUUAUGUCUGCCUCAACUCCAGUGAAAGAGAAAAUCAUCCGCAACGAAGAAAAUAAGCUUAAGGUGAUAAUUGUCGGCGCUGGCCUCGGUGGUUUAGGCGCUGCAAUUGCCAUAUCUCUCGCCGGUCAUUCCGUUACCGUCCUCGAAUCUGCCCAUGAAAUCGGAGAAGUGGGUGCUGGCAUCCAAGUUCUCCCUCCCACAUCUCUCAUCCUCCGUGACUGGGGACUGCUCCCUCACCUCUCUGCUCACAGUACCUCUCCAACAAGAGUCAACAUGAUUUCGUGGAAAGGCAAUUUGAUCUCGUCGAUGGAUUUCAGAGAGAGUGCGGCGCAAUAUCCGGGCUCCGUGUAUUGGGAUUUUCAUCGCGCGAAUUUACAUAGAGGAUUGUAUGAGCGGGCGUUGGAAUUAGGAGCCAAGGUAAAAGUAGGAAUGAGAGUUGUGGAUGUGGAGAUUCUAGAGAAUGGGGCAAGAGUUGUGGUUGAAAAAGGUAGAAGUGAAGAGAGAGAGGAAGAGAAGGGAGACUUAACCGCAGAUUUAGUGGUUGGUGCGGAUGGAAUAUUCAGUAAAUUGCGAGAAGUGAUGUUAGGACGAGAAGACGAGCCACAUUUGACGGGAGACUUGGCUUACAGGUUAUUGCUAUCUACUAAAGAUAUGCUAGCGGACGAAGACUUGGCGGAUUUCGUAAAGAACCCGCAGGUAAAUUAUUGGAUGGGUCCAAAAAUGCAUGCUGUGAACUAUGUCCUACGAGGCGGUGAACUGUUCAAUAUGGUUCUUCUCGUUCCAGAUGAUAUGCCGGCUGGUGCCACAACCUUGGAAGGCAAUGUGGAGGAGAUGCGUGCACUAUUCAAAGAUUGGGAUCCAAGAAUUCCCAAAUUACUCAGCAUGUGUGAGUCUGUGUACAAAUGGCGUCUUUGCACUCGCCCUGGUCUCGAUAACUGGAGCCAUCCCUCCGGUCAUUUCACUCUUCUUGGCGAUGCGGUUCAUGCUACGCUUCCUUAUCUUGCUUCUGGCGCAGGAAUGUCACUCGAAGACGCCGCUGUCCUCGGCGAGCUCCUCUCCCACUAUCCCGAUUCCUCCUCCACUCUUUCUCCUACAUCAAACUUCAAAUCAUCCUUCCUCCGACAUACCCUCCCCAUCUAUCAAGCCCUACGCGCACCACGUACUCAAACCGUCGUCGAGCGAGGAAAUACCCAACAAUAUCUCUACCAUCUGGACGAUGGUCCGGAACAAAUCGAAAGAGAUCGGAAGAUGCGAGAGCAAGAAGAGGGAGAGGCAUUGGCGUGGAGAGAUAAGGGGCUUGCACCAUGGUUACUGGGAUAUCGCGUUUCGGAUGCGGUCGAAAAAUUGUGGAUUCCUUUCAGAGAUCAGGCUGAGGAUGAAAUUAGGACGGAUCUUGGGGCCAAGAACGACCGAGAAGGUCGAGAUGCUAGAUUAUGAUAUCAAACAUGUGUAUAUAUAUAAUUACCUUCAUCAUACAACCAAAAAAUAUCUGGGAUGGCAUACGUGAAAGCUUCAUCAGUGGCGGAACCAGAGCUAAUGUUAGCAUCACAAUGCAGGUUAAAGCCGCCAAAUUUAAGGUAAUUUCUGGAAAACUUCCUCCAUGUGGAAAUCAUUAUAGCCGAAAUUUUGAACGUAUUGAGAUAUCUCC